UCUAUGAUCAGCUUAUCUGGUCAAAUUUAGUUCUAAAACAAACUCCAAACACUUUGGAUAUAUUUUUACUCAAAAGACAAGCAAAAAUGGAUUCCGGCGAUAGAAUCUCACAGGAGGAUCACAUUCCCUUUAUUGACCGUUUAUCUGAGUGGACCAAAUCGAGUGACAUCAAGUCCGGUGAAAUGGGACGAAUUUUGGCCAUUCUUCUAACAGUGAUUGUGAUUUGUUAUGUAAUUCUCCUGGUGGCUCGGAUUGUGGUGACUUUGGCCUUGCCCACCUUGGUUAUUGUGGUUCUUCUGCUGGUCUAUCGCUUUGUCAGCCUUUCGGAAAUGGAGGAUGGUAUCAAGGAAGUGCCUGGUAUGCUGACUUCGGUUAUGAACUUUAUCACUGACAUCUUUCCAAAGGCAGUUACUAAAUAGAUUGCCUUGAAGCAAAAGGAGUUCGUAAAUUUAUAAUAAAUAUUUGGCAAUAAUUCUCAGUCUUAUACAGCAAGAACGAGCUUAAUAUUGUGAUUCGGUCUAAUUUUAAAAGUUAAUAUUGUUAAUAUCAUGUUCACAAAAUUUAAAUGAAAUAUAUGUCAUAUUCAUACAUGGUUCCAAUAAGA